UACCUCCGCCAACACGUUCAAGAACGACGUCGUACGGAGGAGGAAGAGGCUGACACCGGGAAAGAGUUCAUUGAAAUUUCCCUUUAUUGUGCCCUUUAUCGACAGGAGCAUGGCGGGAGACUCAGCACCGAUAUGCAUUAUACGGCCUUACAGGAAAGGAGACGAGGACACCAUAAGAGAUAUAAUGACAGAGGCCACAAUGGAAACAGUUGGGGAGUUCUUCUGGUCGGCUGUUAUGUCUGAGGUCUUCCCACAGGUUGCUCUUCUUGUUAUUGCAUUUGCUUUCAUUGGACUGGGGGUGCCCUUUUAUUUUUGCCUGUUCGGCAUCCCAGUUGCAGUGGGUGUGAUAUACGGCGUGAUUUGGUCGGCUCAUUUAUUCAAGGCUAUGGAACUCCAUGAAGAUCUGAACAACAUUCAGAAAACAUACAUGGAAGACCCUGACACUGGAUUCUGGGUUGCUGAAGUAUUGGAAGUCAGUGAGGCCAAUGAACUUGAUUCCCUUGUUAACAAAGCUAAAAAGGUUGAGUAUGAUUUUCUUUCCGAAGAAGAAUUCCACAUGAGAAAUAUAAACUUGGAUGGCUUCAGGAAACAUCUAGUUGGGACAGUUGCCAUCACCAAGUCGCAGAGAGGAGGACUCAGGGCUUGGCUGAGACGCAUGGCAGUGAGGAAGGCUUACAGGCGCCGGGGAAUUGCCAUGCAACUCCUAGAGCAGGCCAUCCAGUUCUGCACAGACAGGUGCCAUGAGGGGAUUGAACUCAUCACAACGGAAUGCCACUAUAAGGCACGUGAGCUGUAUUACAAGAGAGGUUUUACAGCAGAGCACACCUAUUACAAGUACUAUUUCAAUGUGCGACAGCCAAUGUACCUCUUCGCAAUGCCUUUGAAGCCCCCCAAAGCAAAUCUUGCUGAAGUAUCAACUAUGUAGAGCAUAAUCCUGUUGUUGAUUAUGCUUGCUGACAUGUAUGGAAUCAUAAUGAAUUUUUUAUACACAUUUUGAUCUUCCAAGAUGAUUGACACCAUUUACGAUAAACAAUUAAUUUUUGAACAAGAAUGCUUGUUAGGGAUAUCUGUUAGUGCCUUAUAUUGUUUUGUUAUAAAAUAGUUCCUAAAUUUUCAGUGAGGAAGCAUUCAGGGUGAUAUGCAGCUGUAUGGUUUAUUUUUGGGGAAAGUAAUAUGUAGAUUUAAGAUAUUAUGAAAACAAUGUGAUAUUUUUAAAUGUUUUGAUGAACUAAACCUGUUUCAUAUGUCUCCAGAGAAACUCGGAAUUGUUUACAACCUUUGUUUUGACUUUAAUAGGUCUAUGCCUUGCAAGUUGCUCACAAAUUUUGUAAUGUGUGUUUUAUCAUCAUUUGUUUGUCUUAUGUAGGCACUGCAUAACUGGAAGAAGUAUGUAAUUAUGUAAUGUAAUGCUUAUAUGGCAUUAGGAUAUCAUGUCACAAAUUAACUUUUUUUUUUUAUGUAAUUUUUCCUUUUCUGGUACUGAAGAGAGAUGAUAGGCAAUCAUGAAACUGUUUUAUGUCCAUGCUCUUUCUUUUUCUGCUCAAUAUUGAUAGUAUGUCAUAUUUAUGCAUUUCAUGUGUAACAUUAAUAGUUCGACCUAUGGAUAAAUAAACUACCACCACUAUGGCUCUUUCAGAAACUGAUGAUAAGCCCAGAAUCUCACAUUUUAUGCUCAUGUUCAUUAAUAUAAUUUUGUGACUUAUAGAUGACUCCUAUGUUGUUACGGCUCGUCUCUAGGUGACUUACAGACAAGAUUGAUUUACAGAGAAAUGCUGUUACAAAGUGCCAUCAUUGGCAUUAUUUAUAUAUUUAUGUAACUCGGAACAUAAGGUCAUACAUAUGUUAGUUCUGGACAAUAAGUACAUGUUAUCAUUAUUCGUAAGAAUCUUUUCUGUUGGUAAUCAUUUUUUCCUUAUAUGAAUUCUAAGUUACUUUGUUUCACAUGUUUUUUGCCCAACUUCUGAUAAUUAAAACGGAAGCAGGGGAAUAGUUUCAUUGCUUUAUCAAGACAUGUAUAAAGAAGAUUUAUAACAAUUUUUUCCUAUCCUGGAAGAAAUUUUGUAAUCCUGCUUGUAUAUAUUUCUUGUUUUACCUUUUUAAUGAAUUGCAUUGUACAUUACUCUUCCAAUUCUCUAAGAAUUACAAGGAAAUACAAAGAUGGAACUGUUCUGUUAUUUUUAAGUUGGAGUUUACACUUUACUAAGUAUACUUCCUUUUAAAAAAAGUAUAUUGCAAGUAUGUGAAGUCUAAAAUUAGAAUAUUGUAGUAAAAGGAGGAUUUAACAUGAAAGACUAUGCCUAAUAUUAGUAUAUUCAUGAACACUAAACUAGUAGAUAUGUAAAUGUGCCGAAGGACAGUCCCAGUGCCAGUGUUCUGUCUUGUGAGAUACAUUGACAUAUGUUGUAUUUCCCAAAGUUUAUCUACCUUUGUCACAUUUAUUUUUGUAAUAUGAUGCCCACAAAUAAAGGAACACAUUGAUUUUAGAUAUA